AUGUAAAAAUAAUUGAAUUAAAAAAGAGAAAUCAAAGUAAGAGUUGACAGUCUACCUUCAAUAGAAGCAGUCACAAGUACAAAGUCAAAGAACUAAUUAAAAAAAAUCUUUAAACACUCAGAACUUCCAUAAGUUCCUUUUCAACCACUUUUAGACUCAACUGGAUAAUAUAGAAAAUUAAAAAUAGAAAAUUCAGAUUAGGCAAUUGAAUCAAAAUAAUUAAUCUCGACAGCUCGAAAAUCUCCAAAAUUAUCAAAAUUUUAAUCUCCUUAAUUUUUCUCAAGAAAGAUGCAAUUUAGAAAUAAUUCCUUAAUUAAUCUAAACAUGGAAGUAGUUAAUCAAAUUAAAGAAACCCCUUUCAAAGAUACCAAUUUAUUUUAAAUAGUAAAUAAAAUAAGUCAAAAAAUGAAUUAGUUACAUGAAUAUAAGAGUGAAAAAGCAAUUCUUUCUGCAGCUGAUAAAUUAAUUAAGUCUCACAUAAGAUUUUAAGAAAUAGAAUGGAUUUUCAAGAAUUUUAAACUAAAAGAUUGGUAAUCUGUAGAUACAAUUUUUCUGAGAAUACUUUAAAAUUUUACUAUCAAUAAUGACAAUAAAUUAAUUUUAAAAAAAAAUAAGCCAGAUUAAUUCUUUUUACAUGUACUUUAUGAUUUUUAGGACAAAUUAGAUGAUCUUUUUAAAAAAUUAUGUGAUGAUUCUUACCGUUUGUUAGAAUAAACUAUAUUAAAUCAAAAAUAAAAAUUACUAAGUAUUUUUUAAUAAUAAUUUUUAAGAUAAGGAAGUUGAAGUUAUGCAAUAAUUUUCAAAAUUAGGUAAAAAAGAAAGUUAUAAUUAAUUUAAACUAAUUUUGAAUGACUCUUAUAAAAUGAAUACUCGAGUAAUGGAGAGUUCAAUAAUGAAAUAAUUAACUGAAUUUGAAGAUAGAUUUGGAAUGUUUAAAUAAAUAGAAAAUAGUAAUCGAUUCAUCUCUAACAGAAUAAACGAUUUAGUUUAUGAUAUUAAAACUGUAAAUAUAGUUUGA